GUAGCCCAGUAAGCGAGUUACAUCGUUUCUGUUCGUCGUGUUUUGUGUACAUGGUGGUAACUUUGUUGUAGUAUUCGCACGUGUAUGCUACGAAAUGAUGCGUGAUUGACUACUUCAGGUUACAAUGCAUUAGCUUUUUAAUAGUGACUGGGAGAUUUCAUUCCUUGAGGCAACAGCCCUCUGCUUCACCACCACCUUCAAGCCGUCAACUAUAAACCUGGGCACGCUGCUGCUCUCAGCGACCUUCUCUACAAGCCCUGCCAUGAUGAUGGAGCUGAGCCAUAGUCUGACGCUAAAUGAAGAGGCCCUGCGUCAGAUUCCGGAGGCCAAGAGACCAGUAUUUGUAUUUGAAUGGCUUCGCUUCCUCGAUAAAGUUCUUGUAGCAGCACAGAAAUCUGAUAUCAAAGGGUGCCAGAAAAAACUUGUAGAGCAACUGACUCAACAUAUACAGGAAUCACCUGGUCCACCUACAAGAAAAUUGAUAGCACGAUGUUUAGCGACUCUCUUCAGUGUUGGUGACACAUUUCUGCUGUUCGAUACUGUCAACAAAUGCAAUGAUAUCUUGAAAAAUAAAGAUGAUUCACCAAGUUUUCUACCGACGAAGCUGGCUGCAAUAUGUUGUGUUGGGUGCAUGUAUGAAAAAUUAGGCCGCAUGAUGGGCCGAUCAUAUGAAGAAACUGUUCAGAUUCUUGUCAAAAGUUUGAGAAAUGCUGAAUCACAGACACGAAUUGAAAUUAUGCACACAUUAGAAAAGGUGUGUGCUGGAAUGGGUAGUGCCAUUUCUAAUGUACACAAGGAGAUUUAUAAAGCUGCUCGGCAUGGUCUAACAGACCGAGUGAUGGCAGUGAGAUGUGCUGCUGCAAAGUGUCUUCAAGAACUGCUAACUCAUGCUCAGUUCCUGUGCACGUCAGAACUAGAGAGCCUGGCUAGCCUGUGUUUUCGUGCCUUUGAUGGUUCUAAUUAUGAAGUAAGAUGUGCUGUAUCAAAACUCCUUGGUUCAUUGAUUGCUGCAACUCAGCUAAUGCAGAAAGGCAACAGUUCCAGCCAGCAGAAUAAGGGAAUUAAACCACUGUCACUAGAAGAAGCGCUGGGAGUUCUUAUGACGGGCUUUCUUCGUGGUGGCAGUGGUUUUCUGAAAGGCACUGGUGAAAUGAUUAAAGGAAGUUCAGGAGUGAACAGAGAAGUGCGUGUUGGUGUGACACAUGCAUAUGUGGUGUUUGUUCAGACAAUGGGCAGUGUGUGGUUGGAGCGAAACUUGCCUACUCUCCUGGCACAUAUUCUUGAUUUGGUUGCAAACCCUAAAGCAGCUUCAUCACAUGUUGAUGCUGUUUACUCUCGCAAGUGUAUAAACUUCAUUCUGCGUAGUCUGCUGGGAAAAAUGCUGGGAGAAAAAUCACAGGCAUCAGCAUGCAAAGAUCUUGUCCAUAUAGUAGUGAAACAAAUGAAUUCAAUGGAUUUUAAUCCAGAGAAUGCCAAAGAUUUUAACCAGGAGACUCUUUUUAGUCAGCAUCUACUAGUGUGUGCCUUGCAGGAGAUUGGCAGCUUAAUUCAAGGCCUAGGAACAACAGCAGUUUCUCUGGUUACAGAUCAGUCAUUAAAUCUGAUUGAUGCAACCUUGGCUGUGCUUGUCCAUCCAUGUCAAGCUGCUAGACUAGCUGCAGCGUGGUGCUUGCGGUGUAUGUGUGUAGCUGUGCCCAGUCAAACCACCCCACUUAUUGAUAAGUGUUUGGAAGGAAUAGAGAAUAUGAAGACGUCUCCUGAGGGUAUAGCAGGCUAUAGUGGUGCAUUAGCAGCUGUUCUAGGUAGCGUGAGAUUGUCACCACUUGGAGUCCCUCACACAAAAGGAAAGGUAAUUUUUAAUACAGCUGAAGAAUUGCUGCGCAGUGCAAGUCAAAACAGCCGGCUUUCAUUGAACCGGACGCAAGCUGGGUGGUUGCUAAUUGGUGCUAUAAUGACACUAGGAGUUCCUGUCGUUAGGGGAUUGUUGCCACGUAUGCUGUUACUUUGGAGAAACUCUUUCCCUCGCUCAAACAAGGAACUGGAUUCUGAGAAGGCAAGGGGAGAUGCUUUCACAUGGCAAGUGACACUUGAAGGCCGCGCUGGUGCACUUUCAGCAAUGCACAGUUUUCUGCAGAACUGUUCUGAGUUAGUCAAUGAUGAUAUCAUCAGGCGUUUGCUAACACCUGUUGAAUCAGCUCUUGUCAUGCUGACAAAUUUGACACAGAUUUUGAGAAGCUAUUCUCAGCACCUUAAAGCUCCUGCAGCCAUGGUUCGACUACGAUUGUAUGAGACACUUUCUAUGCUGCCUCCUCAUACCUUUGAAGGUUCUUACACACACUUGCUUCGUAUGCUUGUGGCAGAAUUCACACUCACAGAAAAUCCUGCAAAUACAACUACCUCUCAGUUGCGUGCAGUGUGUCAUGCAGAUGACUCUGUAAUAUUAGGAACAUGGCUUCAGGAAACAGAUCAUCAAACAAUUGAAGAUCAGAUGGAGCCUAAUCGAAGGACUGAUGGGGACCAUCUUCAACCAAAUAGUGCAGCUGGCUCUGGUGCUCUAGAACAUGAUGUCUGCUGUCUAUAUCGACCUAUUCCAAUGGGUGAACUCGUACCUGGCCCAUUACCCCUUGGAGUUGCAGUAAUAGAUGCUUCAGUUGUCUUGUUUGGGCAAAUUUUUCCAAGAGUGGCAAAUAAACACCGACUGCAGAUGCUGGAUCACUUUGCUGAAUGUAUCCGUCAUGCUAAAUCAUCGAGACAGGAGGCAGUACAAAUGAAUGUUUUCACAGCAGUGCUGAGUGGUCUCAAAGGUCUUAAUGAAACAAAGACUUCUCUUGGCCAAGAAGAAGUUAAGAAAUCAGCUACAAGUUUAAUAAUUGGCACACUGACAAGCAGUAACCCAGUGCUGAGGUGUGCAGCUGGUGAAUCACUGGGGCGAAUGGCGCAAGUAGUGGCUGAUGCACGCUUUACUGCAGAACUAGCACAGACAAGUUUUGACCGGCUGAAAUCAGCACGAGAUGUUGCUUCACGAACUGGCCAUUCCCUGGCAUUGGGAUGUCUGCACCGGUAUGUUGGUGGUAUGGGUUCAAACCAACACCUGAACACCAGUGUCAGCAUUUUACUGGCAUUGGCACAAGAUACCACCUCCCCUGUUGUUCAGGUUUGGUCACUUCAUGCUUUGGCCCUAAUUGCUGACUCUGGAGGUCCAAUGUUCCGCGGAUAUGUUGAACCAACUUUGUCACUUGCUCUAAAAUUAUUGCUUAAUGUACCACAAACCUAUGUUGAUGUUCACCAGUGCAUUGGGAAAGUUUUAUCAGCGUUAAUAACAACUGUUGGACCGGAACUCCAGGGCAACACAACAUCAAUAUGCAUGGCACGGUCAUCAUUUCUUUGUGCCUGUGCUAUUAUGCAAGAUCAUCAAGAUCCCUUAGUGCAGGCUGAAGCUACAUCUUGCCUCCAGCAGCUGCAUCUCUUUGCACCACGGCAUGUUAAUCUCUCAUCUCUUGUCCCUACCCUCUGUAGGACUUUGUCAAGCAAUCACCUUCUCCUACGUAAAGCAGCAGUUUCUUGCUUGCGCCAGUUGGCACAACGAGAAGCAAAAGAAGUGUGUGAACACGCAAUGACUUUGGCCAAUGAGAAUCGAGAGACCAAUGUAGUAGAAGGAUUGGUGAUAACAGAGAGUGGCUUACCAGGUGUGCUGUUCUCCAUGUUGGAUGCAGAGACUGAUGGUCAUCUUAUCAAAGAUAUCCAUGACUCAUUGACAAGCAUGCUGCAAGUAAUGGCAGCAGAAAAUUUGUCACAGUGGCUCUCACUGUGUAAAGAUGUCCUUACAGUUGCUACAGAAUCAAGUAUAGGAGAAGAAGUCAUAAACGUGGCUGUGUCAACUGAAGGGGAAGAUAUUGAAGGGGAUGAUGACCAACUAAAGUUCCAUGCUGAAGAUGACCAGGUGACUCAUCCUGCUGUUCAACCCCGAUGGCCAACUAGAGUUUUUGCUGCAGAAUGUGUUCGGAGAAUUAUCAUUGCUUGUGAGGGCAAUAAAGCAGCUCAUUUUGAUCUUGCAUUGGCCAAGGAAAUGCAACUUACUAAAAACAGAGGUGAUUACUUGGUGCUACAUCUGUCUGACCUUGUGAGAAUGGCUUUUAUGGCAGCAACCAGUGACUCUGAUCCAUUGAGACUAGAAGGUCUUAAAACUCUUCAAGAGAUUAUUGAUAAGUUUGCGAAAGUCCCAGAGCCAGAAUUUCCUGGCCAUCUUCUCCUAGAACAAUUUCAAGCGCAGGUUGGUGCUGCACUGAGACCAGCAUUUGCUCCUGAGACACCAUCACAUGUAACUGCAGCAGCAUGUGAAGUGUGCAGCGCAUGGAUAGGCAGUGGCGUCGCAAGAGACCUCAAUGAUCUUCGCCGCGUUCAUCAGCUUCUUGUUUCAAGCUUGACCAAGCUACACCAGGACUCUGGAACAGCACAGCUGUACAAUGAAAGCCUUGCAACUCUUGAGCGUCUCUCCAUCCUCAAAGCAUGGGCAGAAGUUUAUAUAGUUGCCAUGGUUGGGGAUAACUCAGCACCAGAGAAAAUGGAUGCAAGUUUUGCUUCAUCUGACACGAUGCAUGAAAGCAGAAGUGAGGAUGACUUUGGUGAAUUUGAAUUUCGUGGAGAAAGUCUUCUUACACUUGUACAACCAGAAUUAAUCAGUUUGUCACAUUACUGGCUUGCAGCUCUCAGAGACCAUGCAUUACUCUCACUUCCCUCAGAAUUUGCAAGCCAGUUACCUCAUGAUGGUGGUGCAUUCUAUACUACAGACACCAUGGAGUCAUCUAGACCAUAUUACUUAACUUCAUGGCCUCCAAUUCUUCAUGCAGCAGCUUUAUGGCUAAAUGCAAGUGGAUUUGAAGAUAAUAGCCAAUCUCCAAAGAAGUCCUCAGAAUGCCAAGAAAGCAUUGUUAAAAAGAAAAGUAUUUGUGAAUCUGGCCAUGAUCGCUUCUACCUUUUGUUUGGUAUCUGUACGGAAGCUCUUUGCAGUCCUCGUUCAGUAGAACCAUUGGAAAGCAUUAGUACAUGUUUACAAGCCUUGUACACUCUUUUAGAUUCAGUCUGGUCUCGUCAAGUACUUACAAGUGAUGAAAAGCUUCCAAUUGAACUUUGCAAUGUGCUUCAUAGGCUCUUGUUGACCAGAGACAGUCCUUCAACACAGCUGUUGGUGAUGGAGGUUCUAAAGCAAGUUUUGACAGCUGCACAAGAGUGUCUUGAUGUACAAAAGAAGAAGAGACUGAGAGAAAUGGUUCCUGCAAAUCAAGAUUCAAACAGCUGCCCAGAAGUAGACUUACUUGGUGAAGGUGGUACUAAAGGUGAUUUGGUUCCAGGGCAGUCACUAGUAUUUGCCAUGCUUGAAGUGUGCUUGUGUGUGCUGGUGCGGCAGCUACCAGCUCUGAAUCCUUCUCCAUCACCAGUGAUUUGCUCAGCUGUGCGCACCUUGCAUUUAACAGAAGAAGCUGGUCGACUUAUGUCUGCUGCAGUUUCGUGCAUGGAGAACCUACCAAAACUGUGCUCUCCACAAGGAGCAGUAGUUGUGUUGCCAACUAUUCUGUAUUUGACAACUGGUGUCAUCAAAGAGACAGCAACCAAAAGCAUCCAUGAUCCAAGGAUUCUAGCAUCAACUGUCCCAGUUUCAUCAGCUCUGCAUUGCCUUAGAUCCUUGUGUAGCAGCAAGUAUGCUACAGAUGCACGUUCAUGUGAAGAAUGGAAGCAGCUGCUGCAGAGCACCCUUGCAAAAAUAUUGGACCUUGCAAAAACAGGCUCUGAAGAGACCAAAUUAGAUGAAAUAACAAUGCUGUUGGCAAUUGCAGUAUUUGUACUACAUGCUCCUUCAGAUGUGGUUUGUGUACCAAAUCUCCAGUAUCCUUGUAUUAAUCAGUUCCGUCACUGCUUGCAAAGUGACAAUUUACAAAUCAAACAAAGAUGCAUUCUGACUAUGCGUACCAUAUUCUCUCACCCUGACCAAAAUGUUGGAGUACCUUAUAUUCAUGCAUUAGCUCCCCGCUUGAUUGAAUUUCUCUAUACUGAAGAUAGCAGGCAACUUGCAUCCGAGGCGGAACUACAGAUUACAAUGGAGUGCAUUCAGACGGUGGAGACACUUACAUCCCUCACAGAGCCACAAUGCAGGGUGGAGAUGCUGUCACUGUUGGUUCCCAUCUUGAUCAGUUGCUUAUUGGAGGGUCCUGCUUUCAAAGAGGCUAACAAAUUCCGCCAGAUGCUGCAUGAACAGUGCCUUCAGAAAUUAAUGAAGAUUGGUCCUCAGUAUCCACAGGAGUUUAAGUCAUUAAUGAGUCAGUCAACUGAACUACGUUCAAAACUGGAGUCGGCUGUAAGGUCAAGUCAAAAAACUCAACAGAAAUUGAGAGCUGAUAGUGCCGCAGCGAAGACCUUUCCUUCACAGACACCAACAAUAAAACUUAAAACUGAUUUCAGCAAUUUUUCUUCAUAGUAUCAAAAGAAAUGAACUGUUGUGCGUUUUGUAAGAGCCAUGAGAUAGAUUGGGAAAUUCGGGAAGUAAAAAAAAAAAAGUGAAUGGGUGGGUGGAGGGGAAUGUUUGUUUGUGUAAUUGUAUGACUUCUAUUUCUCAGGAUAGUUUCUUUGAGUGUAACUCUAAACAAAUUCCACCUGUCUGAAUGGAAAAUUAAUUUUUUAAUAGUCUUCUAUGUCAUGCUGUGUGGACAGGUUCCUUUUGGUUCCAUAAUGCUAGGUAUGAUGGGAAAACCAUUUCUUAGAUUUGCUACUGGUUCUUCAAUUGAUGUUUGAUUUUAGGAUCUUCUUCAAUUGAUGUUUGAUUUUAGGAACAAAUAUAACUGCCUGAUUUGUUUUAAGGAAGAAACCAGCAUUUCAGUAAUUUAAUGACGGCAUUCUGAAUUCAUCUGCAUUUAUUUGAUAUACACAACAUGGUGGUUGCCAAGUGUAAAUGUUAUUUAUUGUGUUUCAGUCAGUAUGAUUGCACCUCCACAAUCUCGCAAAAUGUUUAGCUGACUGGUUUCAGCGCACAAAGUUUGAUGAUAGUAAUGAACGAUAUUUAUAAAUAAAUAUAUUAUAGACUAGGGCCACAGAAGGCUUUGCAUAUCAGAUUCCCGUAUCUGAAAUCAUUGAAGUCAUCUGUAAGUGCAAAUUGAGCACAUCAAAUAGAAGAGAGACUUGUGAAAUGGUACUGUAAAGUAUUGGCAGAGGGCUGUUACGUUUUACCUUAGGAAUGUGAAGUAAUUUUAAUGCUGACUUAAGACUGAGCUAAUGCGUUAAGGUUUGACAUUGUAGAGAGAGAGAGAGAGAGAGAGAGAGCUAGAUUUGUGUGUGUGUGUGUGUGUGUGUGUGUGUGUGUGUGUGUGUGUGUGUGUGUGUGUGUGUGGGUGGGUGGUUUGAUAUAUAUUUGUAUGUUUCGGAUAUUGUGUAGAUAAGGUUCUAAGAAUGUAUAAAAGUAACAACUAAACAAUGUAUCAAUAUGUAGGAAGACAAGAUAAAUGUAACUGGUAAGAAAA